UACCCUCUAUCGUAACGCACGUCUGCUGCUGGCCAAACACGUUCUCCGCGACGCUCUCUGUCCCACAAUCACAGCCUUUUCACAACCGAAACGGCUGUACUACGACGAACAAGUACGAACGAACUCGAAUUUACGCGGCGCGGCGCCAUAGUCGACCGCGAAGCCAGCUGCGGUGCACGUCUGUAUCACAGCGUCACAAAAAAGUUCUACAACGCAUUCCGGAUUCGACAACUUCAAAUUUUAGGAAUGUGAUCGGUGUCAAUCGUCAAAGCGAACCGUCUAUGUGCCAUAUACAGUGAUGUUAAUUUGUGUGGAUUAAAAAAUGGGUGUUCUAUUUAAUUUGGUUUUAUUUGUGACCGCUUUGGUGCCUAGUGUUUUCGGCCAAGAGGCUGCGACGUGCUAUGGUGCUGGCAGCGUCGCUGGCGCAGCUAUCGGUGCUUUUAUUGCUGCACUCCUUUUGGUAGCAGCUGCUUACUACUUGAGGAAACUGUAUUGGAAAUCGCGGAAAGGAAAGCACCUAGUCUUCUCAACGGACCCCGAGUCGGUGAAAGACGAGUUUGCCUUCGACAACCCAGGGUUCAGACAGGAUGAGCGCACCGCGUGGCAGCAUGAGGCCCCGACCCUGCCUCUCAGUGGGAAGCACCAGGGGUUACAUGUGGAGUUUACGAAGCCUGAGCAUAGCAAGGAUGACUCGCAUUUACAGCGAGCACGGAUCCGUCGAGUGAAGCUAUGGGCUCGCGACUUCACGGGGCUCGGCUUCCGAUGCGGAGGCGGCGCGCGCGACGGCGUGCACGUGCACUCCGUGCUGCGGAGCGGCCCUGCUGCAGCCGCUAAACUACAACCAGGCGACAAAAUCAAAUCAAUCAAGAUCGAGUUCACGGGCACUCCUCUAGAGGAUGCUGUGUCGAUCCUGUCCCUCGCGUCUCCGUACCCUGUGGAGCUGGAGGUGGUCGAGGGGGGGAGAGCCAGCGGCGCGGGGCGGGGGGUGCACCAUCCGUUGUUGAAGCGGGCUGGAUCUACGGGCGAUGUUAGCACGCUUGAAAAAGAAGGCAGACUUCUCCACCCGCCGCGGUCACCAAACACAUCACAUUCCAACAACUCCACGCUGGAGACCAAACAAUCGAAGAGCGGCAUCAAGAAGAUGAUAUCAGACAAGAUCAUCACAUCCACAACCCUAGAGAGAAAUAAGAACCAGAAGAAAGACGGCCACACAACUCUAGAAAGAGAAAACGAGAAGAAUAACAAACUCGCAAACAAAGCCAGACAUUCAGACAUCCCACCAGCAGUCAAUAAACCCGAAAGAAACAAGAACAGAAACUCCACUGAUGACAUUCAAAUUAUUCAACCAGAAAAUGGUAUCGCUUCUAUGACUCAUAUCGAACACUCUGAAGUUCAGAAAAGAGAUUAUGAUCCUAAACGAGGCAUGAAAUUCGGCAUCAGAGUCUUACCACCAAAUGUACCUGAUGAUGGAGUAUUGAAACACAAGAAUGUUGAAAAUGGAGUCGUUGCUGUAGAAAAGAAGUCUGUGGAUGAGAUUGAUAAACCUGAACCGCAAAGGCCUGCGCCAACAACACAAAUUAAACACGAGAAUGAAACAGAGGUUAAGAAACCUGUUGUCGCCAAACGCCGAGAGAAAAUGGCUCCUCCUAUUCCUAACGCUAGAGUUAAAACUACAAAUGAAUCUGAUACAACAGUUAGCUUAGAAACUUCUAGAACAUCUGAAACUUCAGUUACAACGAGCUUUGCAAGGAAUGAUCUGAACUCUAGUGGUAUUAAAAGAGACGAAAAUGGAAUACCUCAGGAGAUACCCCAACAAAUGUUGGAUGCUGCAAAAGCAGCAAGAUCUAACAGAAAGAGUUCAACAGACUUAAUCUAUGAGAAAGAAAAAGUAGAACAUAAGAAAGAAGAAGCUCCCAAGCCGAAGAAAUCAAAGGGUAAAGCACCUUCUCCUCCAGAUCCUGAGAAGAACAAAACUGAUGAUAGCAUCCUCGAACAAUUGAAGAAUGUAAAUGAUUUCUUGAGCAACGAAAAACAACACUCGAGUCUUUUACACGACUCGAUACUAUCCAAUAGGUCUUCCACAUCACAGAUAAAUACCUCAACACCAAAAGUCAACAAAACAAAGAGUUCCACUCGCCUCGAAGAAUCCAUCAACUUCAGUCAAGAUGACAUUUAUGAUAUUGUCUCGAAGCCUUUUAAACGUGAAAGUGAUUCUCUCAACAAUUUCUUUGAAGACUCAAAAUCUAACAUGUCUUCGAACCAAGAUAUUCAUUCAGUAAGAUCUUUGAACCAGAGCGAUAAAAGUGAGAAAGGUUCGACUACGAUAGAACUCAAUAACAGUGAUAUAACUAUACAUAGUUCUCCAAUGAAUGAUACCGUUCAUUCUGCUUCAGAUAAUACAUCGCUGUUAGAUGAAAAUGAGCGCAAAGCUGCUUCUCUUGGUGACCUGUCUAGAUUUGAACUGAGAGCUAAAGCCAGUAAGCCUGCUACUGGCACUUUAGAAAGAGCUCAAAGUCUAGAUAUUUCUGCAGAAGACGCUGAGAAUCAGGAAAGCACAAUUUCACCGAAAAAACGAAAAGCCAUGUCUGUUGUUGAAACAACCUUCUUUGAUCAAGGACAUGAAGAUGAUUUACCUGAUAUGAUAGAUGCUGACAAAGGCGUAGUUAUCAAACACAAAGAACCAAGAUUGAGCUUGAAUAUUGCUAAAACAACAGCAAUGGAAGGACUGAACACUUUCCAGAGGAAUCGAUUAAAGAAAGGCUCAGAAUUUGGCAAUUUAGAGGAUGCUAUAGUGAAGGGAUCAUCUAGUUCAGUUGAUUCUGAGAAAAACGAAGAAAGCAGCUUUACUAAGCCUAAAGAAUUUGAGUUGUACAAAGAAAGUGAACACGAAACAUCAGAUCAUCUUGCGAGAAGAAUAAUGGAUGAAAACAUGAAAGUUCAUUUGAAACUUGUAUCGGAAUUCGCCAAAUCUACAUCGGAUGGGAGUAAUAUGAGCUCUUUGGACAGUACGCAAGAAAUCGCACCGGUUGUAACUGAUACCAAACUAUCACCGGCCAAAUAUGAUGAAAAACUCACAAUGACUUACGAUACCAAUGUUCCAGACGACCUAAAGAUGUCUCGUAACACUUACGUAAACAGUCUAGAGAGACCCAAGUCAGACAUGAUGAAGAAACUGCUCGCCAAAAACCCGAUAUUGAACGUUCACAUCGACCAAAGCUCUGAGAAAGAAAAACAAGAGGCAAGUACUAGCAAAGAAACACCACAAACUGACGCCUUUAAAUCUGCGAUGCAUCAACCUGAUAUCGUCAACUUCGAUUUGAAAUCAUCUCAAACAGAAAAAGUAAAGGAUUACGAUGACUUCGUCAGUAACAUAAGAGUUGGUUCAAACAACAACAGCCUCAAAUAUAACAAGAAACUCGAAACAUUUUCCUCAGAAUGGACCGAGCCCAAAGAUAAUACCAAUGUUGUAACCAUAACUACAGAGAAAUCUCAACCAGUCGUUGAAUCAAGCAGAAAAACGUUUAAGGAUCAUACAAAAUCUAUUGAGAUUGGUGAGCCUACAAUUCGCAUGAUGCCUCCUGACGUUCUAGAAGGUAUAAGGAGAAGACACGAUGAGAGAGAAAGGACUUUAUACAUGGAGCCUGCAAACGUGUCUCUAACAAUGACGCAAGAACCUGUACAGAAAACUGUAACGGUCAACGUGAACGAAGACGAGUAUGGAAACAAAGUCAUAACACAAAACGUUGAGAAAAUAUCAACUAAAUACAUGACUACGAAAACUGAAGCUCCGUUACAAGUGGAACAAAUCAGUUUCGGUAUCAUGAAAGGAGGAAACAUUGACGAGAUACAAUUAGAAGAAGGUGACGUAAAAGAUAUUGAUAAGAGAGUGUUGGACGAAAUUAAAAGACAAAAUCCUAACAUGCACUUCACUACAGACGAACCAGCUUACACUAGAACAGAAACUAUCAUACUAAACACGACAGAAAUGAACGAGGAACAAGCACAAGCUUUAAUGGAGAAACUCAAAAAUGAUCCGAAUUUCAUGUCACAGAAAACACCAGAAGAAUUAUCUCGAAUGGGAAUCAGAAUUAUACAAGAUCUUGAAGAUGUACAAACCUCAAGUGGGGAUGCUGUUGAAGUUACUAAAACGAGAUAUUCUAUUAAUCCGACGAUGACUGACGUACAAAAAGAUUGUAAAGAGAUUGACAGUCAUAAGGACCACAUCACAGAGAUACAAGUUGUGACACCGCGUACAGAACAAAUGCAGAAACAGAAGGAAAGUAAGGAUAAAGUGACGAGUAGACAGCGAGCGCCGCCUUAUGAAGAACCCCCACUAUCCUACGAGUUAGACAUAGAAUUGCUGAAUGAUUUCAUUCACAAUGAAAGGCACUUCUCAGCGAAACAACUAGCUGAAGCAAAGCGAUCGAACCAAUCGAACGAACCAAAGAAACGUCAUUCAGACUUCGACUUACCAAGAAACAGUCAUAUUAAAUUCCGCACAGCUACCUACGAAUCUCCUAAAGGCACCAUAGUCACAAGCACGGAUCUAGAAAACCGGAGAUUAUCGCAACUAGACCAGCUGCAGUUACGGUCUCCCGAACAACUGUUGUCGGCGAAUAAACCGCAAAUAUCCGCUAAGCCGAGUAACAUACCGGUUAAAGCGGAAAAAUCGAAACCUGCGCCCGGGGUUUCGUCAAAAAUACCGGUUUUUACGACACAAAAGUCGUUGAGUCAGGAGAAUUUGAGUGACGCAAAGUUUUCUUUGCCUCGGUCACCCCCUCCUCAGUUCAGUAGUUCGGGUAACAUAUCGGUGACAUCGAUAAUAAAGAGCAGCUCUAGGAGUCCUAGUGGUGGGAAACUGUGAGAUAUUAUUUUAUAUCGAUGAACGUCAAUUAUAUUGUUUUAGUUAAAGGUCAUUAUUACAUUCAGUGGUAUGUUUAGUAACCAUUUCUAUCAUGGUUUAAACACUGUUAUUUUUUUUACAAUUUACAUACAGUGUUCAGAUUAGACCAUUGUGCAUGUUCAAAUAACAUGGUAUAUGGUCAAAUUGUAGUCAACAUACAUACAUUCAUGAUUCUAAUUUUCGCUUCAAAUUCAAAAUGGCGACUUAGCUAUCGCCAUUUCUUUUACAGACGUACGCCGCCAAAGUCUGGUUUUGUUACAAUUUGUAGAAACACAAAUUAAGAAUCAAAUGCUUGACUUUUCAUGGCGUAAUCACCAAAGCCAAAAGCUACCAUUUUGUGUAAAAUGAUCUUUAAACGUUGCCUACACAUAAGGAUCACAUUAUCAAAAUGUGAAUGUUUAUUUAAACUACAUUAGUGUAGUAAUUGAAUACAAAUUGUAUAAAAUCCUGAUAUAUAAAAUAAGUUUUAUUAAAGAUAAAAUAUAUAAAUAUUAAAAAGUAUAUAUAAAAGAUGUAUUAAGUAAGACUAGGCUUACUUACUCUUCAAAGUGUCUUAAAAAGUGCCACAAACACGAACAUGUAUUUUUUACAACAUUAUUUUCUUUUGAAAAAAUCUAUUCACGACGUGCCUUUUAUUAUAAAAAAAAAAACAAAUGAUUUUUAUGAAAAUGAAUAUUUAAGAUUAAAAUAUACUUAUGAACUUUUUGACAGAUUUUUAGGUUGUGAAAAUAAAUCUACAAUAAUUAAAUAUAAUUUUAUUUUAUGUCACAAUUUAUAAUUAAUUUAAAACAAAUAAAUAAUCAUGAGGAUGUAUAAUUAUUGUAUGUUUAUGUAUUACCAUUUGACAUUCCGUCCGAAAGUAUUACCAAUAUUAAAUAUUAAGUUUACUUAAGUAGGUACUUAAUUAGGUUCGCGGUUAUAGCAGAAACAAAGAUUUCUGGGCCAUUUUCUUUAUAAGUAUAGUUUAGUUUUCUCGGCUUCUUUACAUAAUGGCUUCAUUAGCUUAUUUUUUUACGAAAAAAAAGGUUUUUAAUGCGUAAACGCUCUUGUAUUUUAAAUGUACCUUGCAAAAAUAAGAACUACAAUGUAUGACAUCUAGAAUUAAAAAUUAAAAAAAAAAACAAAAGAUAUUUGUACUUUUUUUUUAUGUGGCCAUUAUGCAAAUGAGCAAUAAUAUUUAUUAACAUUAUACUUAUGUUUGUUAAAGAUGAUAAAAGUCGUAAAUAAGCAACGUCUUCUUUGAACAAUUACAAUUUAACAUGUUAUUAUAAUAUCACAGUUAUAAAUAUUGUAUUUUAUCGAUGUAUUAUAAAAUAAAUACGAAUAAAAUGUU